AUGUUUGGGUGUGAAUCUUGGUGUUGGAGCAGUGAGUUUGACUAUGAGUUGUAUGAUUACUCUGAGCCAGAGCCCUUCUCUCUGCCUUCACCUCUCCCACACUGGCCUCAAGGCAGAGGUUUUGCUACUGGAAGAAUGUGCCUAGGAGAAAUUGAAGUUAUCCAGAUCACCAAGUUUGAGAGCAUCUGGAGCUGUAAUCUGUUGCAUGGAAAAUCAAAAGGUGUCACAUUUUACAGACCUGCAGGGAUCCCUGAUGACUUCUUUUGCCUCGGUUACUACUGCCAGCCCAAUGACCAGCCUUUGAGAGGGUAUGUUCUUGUGGCUCGUGACACGGUUGCCACAAGGCUGGAAGAUGGUUGUACCCAAGACUUAGUAUUAGAGUUACCAGCUUUAAGAAAGCCCGUUAACUACUCAUUAGUCUGGAAUGCGGACUCAAAUAAAAAUGGGUGUGGUUAUAUUUGGUUGCCAAACCCACCUGUGGGUUAUAAGGCCAUGGGCUUUGUGGUCACUGACAACUCUGAGGAGCCCAGACCUGAAGAAGUGAGAUGCGUACGAGAAGAUCUUACAGAGGCUUGUGAAACACGUGAUCGGGUACUUGCUAUGGAUUCAAAGUUGUCUGAGGACAAAUUUCAGGUGUGGAACACAAGACCCUGCAAACGGGGUAUGUUGUGUAGUGGUGUUUCAGUUGGUACAUUCUUUUGCAAUACCUACCUGGAUUCUGAUGAUGAACUAGAAGUUGCGUGCUUGAAGAAUAUUGAUUCGUCCCUACAUGCAAUGCCAAAUCUGAACCAGAUUCAUGCACUCAUUGAGCACUAUGGCCCCACAGUAUUCUUCCAUCCUGAUGAGGUUUAUUUGCCAUCAUCAGUGCAAUGGUUUUUCAAAAAUGGGGCACUUUUGUACCACGAAGACUCUGGGAAUGGUGAACCUAUUGAUUACAGAGGCUCCAAUUUGCCUAGUGGAGGGGAAAAUGAUAGUGAUUUUUGGAUAGAUUUGCCAAAUGACGAUGAUGCUAGAAAUCAUCUCAAGGGCGGAAACAUAGAGAGUGCAGAGCUAUAUGUUCAUGUAAAACCGGCUCUAGGGGGAACUUUUAGUGAUAUUGCUAUGUGGGUGUUCUGUCCUUUCAACGGACCAGCCACCAUUAAGAUUGGUUUAGUAAGUAUUGCAAUGAACAAGAUAGGGCAACAUGUUGGUGACUGGGAACACUUCACUCUACGAGUGAGCAACUUCACAGGAGAACUCUGGCAAGCGUAUUUCUCAGAGCACAGUGGUGGUAGAUGGGUGGAUGCUUCUGACUUAGAGUUCAUUGAAGGGAAUAAGCUAAUUGUUUAUUCUUCAAAAUAUGGUCAUAGUAGCUACCCCCAUCCUGGAACCUACCUUCAGGGGUCAUCGAAGUUUGACAUUGGAGUGAGGAAUGAUGCUGCUCGGAGCAAGUUUUAUAUUGAUUCGAGCACCAAGUAUCAAAUUGUGGCAGCUGAGUACCUUGGUGAUGGUGUUAUUUCAGAACCAUGUUGGUUGCAGUAUAUGAGUGACUGGGGUCCUACCAUUGUGUAUGAUUCUCGAUCGGAACUAGAUAAGUUGAUUGAUCGUCUUCCAUUCUUUGUUCGAUUCUCAGUGGAGAACCUAUUUGAUUUGUUUCCUACUCAACUCUAUGGAGAGGAAGGGCCAACUGGCCCUAAGGAAAAGGACAAUUGGUUAGGAGAUGAAAGAUGCUAA